UUACAACAUGAAAGUUCUUGUAUUAGUUUCAGCACUGCUUGCUGCUACGUAUGCAGCUCCUCAAGGGUACAAUCUGCAAAGACCAACUGGAACUACCCUGUCAACCGGCCCCGGGCAUUCGACAGGAGGCGGACUCACUAUCGGAAGCGGUUCCGGCCAUGGUGUAGGAGUUGGUAUUGUUACUGGAUCUGGACACGGCGCAGGAAUUUCGGUUGGCGGUGUAGGAAGUGGCAUUGCCUCUGCAUCUGGCCAUGGCGUAGGAACUGGUAUUUCCGGUGGAGGAAGUCAAGGUGCUGAAAUUUUGGAACCAUGUGGGGAAGGACAAGUUAGACAUGUGGACGGUUCUUGCGUUACACCAGUCGUGAACAGGAAGGUAUUCGUCUUCGAUGUUCCCGAACAAAAAGGACCCAUUGGUCCUCCACCAAGUGUUCCUCCUCCAAGAGUUGAUCAUAACAUUCUCUUCGUGCGACUUCCCGAAGAAGGAGAAGGACCUGAACCCAUCGUUAUUCCCCCACCAAGACAGGAGAACAUCGUCUAUGUACUCAACAAGAAGGACGAACAGGCUCAGCGUGUCAUCGAAGUACCAGCCCAUCCUCCAUCUGAUCCCGAAAUCUACUUCGUCAAUUAUGAAGAGGGUGAGAACCCAACUCUACCCAUUGGUGUGGAUCUCAAUACUGCUCUUGGUUCAGCGGCUGAAGCCGGUGGACAGGUAAUUGGAUCUGCCGGCGCUGGAUUAGGCGGUAAUGUUGGAGGAGUUGGUGGAGUAGGCGGAGGCAGUGGCUUUGGAACAGUUAGCGGAGGAUUAGGUGGAGCUGGAGCAGGCAGUGGCUUUGGAACUGUUAGCGGAGGAUUAGGUGGAGCUGGAGCAGGCAGUGGCUUUGGAACUGUUAGCGGAGGAUUAGGUGCUGGUGCAGGCAGUGGCUUUGGAACUGUUAGCGGAGGAUUGGGUGGAUCUGGUGCAGGCAGUGGAUUUGGAGCAGUAAGCGGAGGUGUAGGAAGCUCUCCUUCUGGAUUAUAUACCACUCCCUAAAUGAACUGCAUCGCCGAUUGUAUUUAAAUUAUGAACAAAGAAGACAAAAUAAAAGUAUACUCUAUUUCUUAAUAUAUGAUAAAUUUCGA